AUGUCAAACAGUACGGGUUGUGAUGGUGGAUGUUCAUUCUGUCAGUCGAUUCUCACAAAGAGUUUCAGUUUUGUCGACGAUGGAACCUCCAUUGUCUUUAAUGUUGUGAUCGAUGCGAUUGCCGUCGGAUACAUAUUCUCAGCACUCUACCUGCUCUUUAGAAUACAGCGAUCCUACACCUAUCUACAGCAAUCGUCGACACAACUCAACAGCAGUGGAUCGACCAUUCCAAUGCGCACAAUGAAUGGUGACAAGAAACAACUUCAACAGUCUGGCGACGGCAACAACCAAUAUGUAGCAAUCAACAUGUCGAGCGAAUCGCAGCUGCUCUUUGACAAAAACAUGCGAAUCACCAUCAAUCAACCGAAAAUCAUUGGAUCCACCUAUUUCCGACAUCUCCUCUUUGUCAUUAUCUGGCUGUCGGUGAUGGGACUCAUUCUGAUGUUGAUGCCACCAUGGUCCGGCAUUCUAUAUCCCACGCUCAUCAUUGUCGUUGGCAGCGGACAGAUCAUCACUGACAACUGGAUACUCGUUUUCCUAAGUGGCAAAGGCGACGAUAAGUUUGCCUCGAGAUGUGCGUUCUUCCUGUGCACCCUGUUGUAUUUGAUCAUCACCUCGACAUCACUGGCAUCGACUCUGGACAGUCCGUUAUGUACUUCGCCACAGCAGUGUCAGUUGUUCCUCUUCCAGGAUCCCUACACCCGACUUGGAAUGCAUGCAGUCUAUACAGUCGUCUACGGAGUAUUACUGUUCCUCUCGGUAAGAGGAAAAAUGAUACGUCCCACCGCCAGAAUAUGGAUUACAUUCCUACUCAUUGAAUAUUUUAUUUCAUCACUCGGAUCCUUCUUGAAGAUUUUACACGUCGAUUUUUCAGAUUGUUUACUAAGUUUAUCAUCGAUUACAUAUGCAUUCCUUUAUGGACCAUUAUUGUUUAGAACCUGUGGAAAUGAUACAAAUCUAUUAAGAGCAAGAAGUGAAUUUGAACCACUUUUAAAUAAUUUCCAGGAAUAUCAGAAUUUGUUUGGAGGAGAAUCAAUUACAUCUAGCGAUGGAACCAAUGCAUUACAAUUGGCUGCAUUCAAUAUCAAAUAUUCAGAGUUUAAAUUUGGCGAGGUUAUUGGAGGUGGAUAUUUUGGUGAGGUUAAAAAGGCAAUUUGGAAAGGUGCAUUGGUUGCCGUAAAGGUACUGCAUCGAAACUCCUAUAGGAAUACCGACAAUAUCGAGGACAAUGUAUUCUUCAAGGAGGUGGCGAUCCUCAGUAUCCUCCGUCAUCCAAAUGUCUUGCAGUUCCUCGGUGUCUGUGCCGAGCAAGAUAAAAACUGUAUAGUAACAGAGUACAUGGGUGGUGGAAGUUUGGAUCGACUGAUAUCCGAUCGUUACUUCCUCUUUUUGAAUCAUCCAGAGUUUGCCUGGCGUAUCGCUCUCGACAUUGCCAAAGGAAUGUUUUAUCUACACGACUGGAAACCCAAUCCUAUCUUGCAUCGUGAUCUUUCCACCAAGAAUAUUUUGCUGGACGAGACUUUUUCGCUGGCGAAAGUUGCCGACUUUGGUUUGUCGCGUGAACAAGGUUUCGAGAUGACUGCAUCCGUCGGCUACCUGCCUUUCCAAGCACCGGAAGUCUUUAUAGGCGAGCUCUACACUCCCAAAGCCGAUGUCUAUUCCUUUGGUAUUUUGCUGUGGUGUAUUGUUUCGGGUGAGCAGCCAACCGGCGAAUUGCCACCUUUGAAAAUGGCACAUAUGGCUGCCUACGAGAAUUAUCGUCCGCCACUACCUGAUCUCAAGAUUCAGAUGUGGCAACCACUGGUCAAUUUGAUACAGAUGUGUUGGAAGCCAAAUCCAGAGGAGCGUCCAACCUUUGCAUUCGUACUGGAUUUCCUCGAGGCCAACAUGCCAGCGGAAGCCAGCACAUUCUUCCAGCGAACAACUCUCACCACGACCAAUGGAAACUCCACCAGAUCGGCAUCACUCGCCAUGAGCGUUGCUCUAGACACCACCUCAUCGUCCGACGACGAUGACAUAUUUAACAGAAACGAAUUCCACUAUAUAGGUGACUAA